GUUUAUUUUGGCAGCGUCCGAGUGUGUCGAAAGUUUCGUGACGCGUCUAAUAACAUGUAAUAAUUUGAACAUGGCGAAACCAAAGUUCGGUUUCCGGUAAAAAGAUGUGUGAAGGGUGGAAGGGAAAGUGAAUAGAGCAGGUAAACCGCGGAAGGUCGAGGUGAUCUAGUGAGGAAAGAGUAAAUAUCGGAUCAGCUGAUGAGUGGCAGCAGACGAACGGAGCCCAUUGUUCUUGGUUAUGGCGACAAGCAGCUCUGACGGUUCUUGCACAGCACCCGCAGACUUUCAGCUUUCUUCGGAACUCGAAGAUGUUUCCGAUCGUCUCAGUGUGAAUCUUUUAAAGUGCUCAUUGUGCCACAAUAAUAGGCGUAUUUUCUACUGCAGACAGUGUAUCCAAAAUGGGGAUUUCGUCCAUUCUACUUCUGUUUACUCUGAACGGUUUGCGGAUAAACAGAUACGGUUGUUACGGUUGAAAGCUGCUCGAUCUCAACUUGAAGAUAAAUGUGUGAAAGCUUUAGAAAAGCACAAGCAAAAAGAUAAACUACUGUGUGAUAUAAAUACGUCUAAAGAACGAGUAAAACGUCUCCACUCAUUGGUAAAUGAGACCAAGCAGAGUAUAAACAGAGGAAAUCAACGACUGACUGUAUUGAAGGAUGUUAACAAAGAGCUGACCAUCAGACUCCCUAGGCACGAAGAAAGGGUCGAAAAAUUGCAUCGCAUUGUUUUCGGCUUGAAAGUCAAGCAGGAAAAACAAAAGGAAACGGCAGAAAGAAAAAGACAGCAGCUGAAGAAAGUUAUUAGGACUGCUGCUAAACAAUUAAUACAGUAUAUAUUUCCACUUACGCAGGUUGAACCUAGCAGAAGUUUGUGCAGCAGCGAAGAGGACAGUUCUAGCACCGAUGUGGUGACAAGUGCGCUGGCCGACGCUUCAGGAACGUCUUAUGUUCGAGGAAGAUGGAUUAAUGAUGCUGAAAAUAGCCUAGAAGUUCAUCAUCGUAUUGUGGCUCCAACUCUUCCGGGAUCUGGUGACUACAGUGCUUAUUCUCUCUGGGUUGCUGAAAAUAAGGAUGCCGUACCAGGCAAUAAUAAAGAGAAUUCUAUCCACAAUCCCGCGUAUAACAUAAGCGCAGCUCUAACUUACGCGACGCAGUUGGUCAACAUUAUCGCCUACUACGUUAAUGUAAAACUGCCUUACAAACUUGCGUAUAGUGAAUUUUGUGGAAACGAGAUGUCCGAACAUAAAUUUACGAGGAAAGUGGCGAGGCUCAACAGCAACGUUGUGCACUUGUGUAUCUCACAAAACACAGACAUAACAGUCUUGCAUCCAAUGAAAACUCUGCAAAAUCUCAUGCACUUGCUCAAUACCGAAAUCAGCGAUCUCGGAAGAAUCGGUCCUAUAGAAGUAGAUCCAAACGAAAUUACGCAAUUGCACAAUCAGUUAGCAUCAGAUUUGGAAAAGAGCGACGAUUCUGCCUCUGAUGACGAGGAAGAUACUUUCAACUGGGAAUGGGAAGCUGUUCCAAACGUCUCUUGUCCCGAGAUGGUUUUUCCGAUCCCAGGUUCGAUGGUGAGCCAACAAUCUUCGAGUUUGCAGGUAAAUCAAAGCGUGGCAGGCGGAUUAGUGACGAGUGCAGCUGCCAGUAUCGCUUCCAUCUGGAGAGGCUGGACUGCCAACAAAUAGACUGAUUAAUCCAGUUUUUCGUACCUUCUUUUC